UCAAUAAUCCGAGUCAGUCUAGUCCUUUUUGAUCUUUUACAGGUCUGGAGUUGGUAGAAGAAUGAAGAGAGCAUGCUUGAAGAGAAGCUGUCCUUUUGGAGCAUUUUGCGGAGAACACUCAAGACGAACAGUCCCGAGACUGUUCUCUAGCAGAACAAGCAGACGGAGUGAUCCCGAGGUUGUUCCCGACAAAUAAGGAAGCUUCUAUUUUCGGGAAUUAAGGCCUUGUUGCCCUAAUUUCUUUUCUACCUAUUGGCGCCUCCAUAUAAAGACGCCAUCUAUCCUAUUUUAUUUCUUACGCUAGUUUUUACAAGAGAACUAUUAGCUUUUGCGAUCUGCAACUUGUAAGGGAGAAGAAUCCAUUCUCUCAUAGAGAAGACCUUCUGAACCCUUGUUUACUACUCUUAUUAUUAUGCAGUUUCAUUCAGGAUCUAUGUCUUUGAUUUCUUGCAUCAUGAUUGAGUAGUGAUCUAGCUCGCCUAGGGUUUUUAGGGUGUUGAAAUAUGAGCUAAACAUAGAUAAGCUAUUCUUGAUUAUUCUUCAUCCAUACUAUUCAUAAAGCUUCCAUUAAUCUGAUCACUUGAUGUUAGAUCCUAAGUUUAUCGCCUAGCUAACCGCUUAUGAGAUAGCUUGACAUGUAUUGAAUGAGCUUAGUAUCCCUAAUCAGCGAAAGUAGAUAUUAGGGUAGUAAGUGAACUGAUCGGACCUGACCACUAAGGCUUGCAGUCGUUUCUCAUCUCAACGACAGUUAGAUGAUGGGACCGACCAGCAAAGAGAUCACCACCACGACAGUGGGGUGUUCCAGCUGAGUGAUCCGAGUUCUAGAAAGCACUGCACCGCGCUUGAAUAAUUGUUUGGCUCUCGCUCAACACCCAAUGAAAUACCCUAGGCUAGCUUCUUGUUAAAUUGAAUCAAUCUCUAGUUUACUUGUUUUCCGCGUCACCAAUUGAAUUGAAAACCAUUUUCUUCUUAGCUUGAUAUUGAGAUUUAUAAGAGUAAAGUGUAGACUGGUCCUCUGGAUUGAAUCUAAAGUACUAUAAUCACAACUGUUAACUUGGCAGUAGCAAAGAUUCAUAUUUAGUGUAUCAAGUUUUGGCGCCGUUGCGACGGGGACCAGAUUUUUUUACCUCUACUUUUCGGUUUCAUUUUAAGUCUAAGAUAUCUAACUCGCCUCUGUUUCUUUGUCACAGCUAAUGAUCCAGGUGCAUGACCAGUAGACAUACUCGGAGCAACGCACAAGGACCAUUGCAUCAGCUCACUAACGAAGAACUAGCGAGAUUAGAACGUCAGAACCGUCAACUGCCUAGACCUACAAGCACCAACAUGGGUGAUCAUCAGGAUGAUCUUACUGCUGCAUUUGCACUCAUGCAACAACAGAUGCAGCAGAUGCAGCAAACUAUCCAAGCGAACGCUGCAAACCAACGGAAUGCACCGGAGGAAGUUGAUCAGAUUGGCCAAAGGAAUCUCUUGCGUAAUCUACCUGCUACGCGAUCCGCCAUCAACCCUCCACCUUGCACUAGACAAGACUUUGAGAUCAAGCCCGCCUUGAUAGGUCUGGUGCAGAGGAAGAUCUUCAACGGACUUCCUGCAGAAAUACCGAUGGACCACAUUGAAAACUUUGAGAAGAUGUGUGGGUUCACUAAGGCGAAUGGAGUACCACCAGAUUACAUCAAAUGUACUUUGUUCCCUUUCUCUCUCGAUGGGAAGGCUGCUCGCUGGCUAGAUUCCCUACCAACUGGAUCGCUCACCACAUGGGAACAAGUCAGAUCCGCUUUCUUGAGCCACUUCUACACGAAAUCAAAGACGGCAGCUCUGAGACAGAAGAUCGCCACCUUUAAACAGCUGGUAGAUGAGCCGUUCUGCGACGCAUGGGAGCGAUUCAACGUCUAUCGCAGAGAGUGCCCACAUCAUGGUUUUGAAGAAGAUUAUCUACUCGGAGUUUUCUACGAUGGAGUAGGUUGGGAGUACAGGAAUGCUUUAAACUCAGCCAGUAAUGGAGAUUUCAUGACCCAAUCCACUCAAGGCGCUUUCGCGCUAAUUGAGAACAUGGCCUCAAGCUCAGCUGACAGCAACCGAGAGACAGACCGCACCCAAAAGGUGAACAGCAUCGACAAUAGCAAAAUAGAUGAGCUCUCUGCCAAGGUCGAUCAGCUGAUUAAGAGUAAUCAGAACCAUGUCUUCAUCAUGGAAGAGUCUCCUCAGGAUAAAGGAACCAUAGACGCUACAUCAGAAGCGGACCAGGCGAUUGAGGACCACCAUGAGGUUAGCUAUGUGAAUGGGCAAGGAUGGCAGUUUAAGAACUAUCACCCGAACCCUAACGUGAGGAACAACCCCCACCUGUUCAACAACCCUAAACCCGAUGGUAACACAGAAAAUGCUCAAGGCAAUCAAGUUCAGAACAGUGGCUACCAACGGGGGUAUGGAAAUCAAGGACGAACCUUUGUCCUCAGCCCAGCUCAGAAUACUCAGUUCCACAACCAGAAACAACCGACUAACCAGCAGCCUGCACAGCCUGCUCAAACUGCUCCACAAGACGAGAUGAAGAGUCUUGCCAAUAUGAUGAGCCAGCUGCUCCAAGGACAACAGAUUCAGGGAAAAGCACUGAAUCAGGUCACAAACGACAUCAAUACCCGAAUGAAUCACAUGUUCAAUGACCUGAGUGCCAAAUAUGAUAAUGUCUCGAGCCAUAUGAGGCAGAUGGAUAUUCAGAUUGCUCAGACUGCUGAGAGUGUGAAGAGACAGCAAGGCACUCUUCCUGGAAAAACAGAUAAAAAUCCCAAGGAGUGUAAUGCAGUCGCGCUUAGGAGUGGGAAGCAGUUAACUGAUCUGGCACCCAAGAGAUUCACAACAGCUGAAAAGGGGAAGCAGAAAGAAUCAGAACAGCCACCUGUAACCGCACCAGCAGACGAGGAAGAAGCAGAGCUUCCUGUUAAACAUACUCCGACCACUACAGAGCAGCCUACUGUGGUUGUUCGCCCAGCGGCAGAACCUGUUCCCACCCGUGACUAUGUGCCAAAGGUUCCGUACCCUGUUCCUGCUAAGGCCACACGCAAGGACAAGGAGGAGAUGAAAUGUAGGAAGAUGCUGGAAGACUUAACAGUCAGACUCCCUCUCAUGAGUGCAAUCCAGAUGAUGCCAUCCAUGAGUAGCUUUGUGAAAGGACUAAUUUCUGGAAAGAUAACCGAUGACAGUGAGUUCAUGGUAGUCUCUAAAGAGUGCAGCGCUGUUCUCCAGAACAAAAGGAUCAAGAAGCUAGGUGAUCCUGGAAAAUUUGUCCUUUCCAUCCAAAUAGGGAGAACAGUCUUCUCGUGUUCGCUAGUCGAUCUGGGAUCAAGCAUCAACCUCAUGCCGUACUCUGUGGCUAAGCGCCUAGGAUUCACAGAUUUCAAACCUACCAGGAUGUCCCUAGUGUUUGCUGAUCGAUCAGUGAAAUCUCCAGUCGGAAUUAUCGAGGAUAUCCAGGUUCUGGUUGGGAACACACUUGUCCCUGCCGAUUUCGUUGUUCUGGAACUUGAGGAAGAAUCAAAGGAUCCUCUGAUCCUAGGCAGACCAUUCCUAUGCACUGUCGGAGCUAUCAUAGAUGUGCGACAGGGAAAAAUCGAUCUCCACCUAGGAGACAUUGUGAUGAGGUUCGAGAUGAAUCAGAUGCUCAAGAAACCUAUGCUAGAUGGACAAACCUUCACUGUCCAAGAGGAGGGUGAUCCGCUGGAACCGAGUGAUCAGAUGAUUGAGGAGAUCCUAAUAGAUGAUCCGCUGGAACUAGCUCUGACUAGAGCUGAAGCAGAACAGAAUGUCCAGAACAUCGACGCUGAUGGGUACGCCAAGAUGUUGGACUCCGCCAGAACCAUGGAAAGAUUAGUGGCAUAUCUUAGUCUGGGGGAGAACAAUGCCUCAGACUCAUCGAGCUCGCCUGUUCCACCAAGUAGGAACAAUGACCCGUGGAGUGAAUCCAAAGCUCCAAAAGUCGAGCUCAAAACACUCCCUAAGGGGCUCAGGUACGCAUUUCUUGGACCAAAUUCUACAUACCCAGUAAUCGUAAAUGCUGACCUGAACAAUGCUGAAACUGCUCUUCUCUUAUGCGAACUUAGGAAAUAUCGAAAAGCAUUAGGAUAUUCCCUAGCUGAUAUACCUGGCAUUUCACCUGAUCUGUGCAUGCAUAGAAUACACCUAGAAGAUGAAUCAAUGACUUCUGUAGAACAUCAGAGGAGGUUAAACCCAAAUCUGAAAGAUGUUGUAAAGAAGGAGAUAAUGAAACUUCUAGAAGCUGGUGUAAUUUAUGCGAUUUCUGAUAGUAAGUGGGUUAGUCCUGUUCAUGUAGUGCCUAAGAAAGGAGGGAUCACUGUUAUAACAAAUGAAAAGAAUGAAUUAAUCCCUACUAGAACAGUAACUGGUCAUCGCAUGUGCAUUGAUUUCCGUAAAUUGAAUGCUGCGACUCGCAAGGAUCACUUUCCACUUCCCUUCAUUGAUCAAAUGCUUGAAAGAUUGGCUAACCACCCUUACUAUUGCUUUUUAGAUGGUUAUUCAGGUUUCUUUCAGAUUCCCAUCCACCCAGACGAUCAAGAAAAGACGACGUUCACAUGUCCUUAUGGAACAUACGCCUACAGGAGAAUGCCUUUCGGGCUGUGCAAUGCUCCAGCGACCUUUCAACGCUGCAUGAUGUCAAUUUUCACUGAUCUAAUUGAAGACAUAAUGGAAGUUUUCAUGGACGAUUUCAGCGUCUAUGGGAGCUCCUUUAGUGUCUGUUUGUCAAACUUGUGCAGGGUUCUGAAGCGAUGCGAGGAGAAGCAUCUCGUGCUGAAUUGGGAAAAAUGCCAUUUCAUGGUCAGAGAUGGGAUUGUUCUAGGACAUAAGAUUUCAGAAAAAGGCAUCGAAGUGGACAAGGCAAAGAUCGAUAUCAUGAUGAGUCUGCAACCCCCAACUUCAGUGAGGGGAAUAAAAAGCUUUUUGGGACAUGCUGGUUUUUACAGAAGAUUCAUCCAGGACUUCUCGAGAAUCGCAAGACCACUCACUAGACUGCUCUGCAAGGAAACAAAGUUCGAUUUCGACAACGAGUGCUUAGCUUCAUUUCACACGAUCAAGGGAGCUCUUGUCAGUGCACCGGUUGUCCAACCCCCAGACUGGGACCUCCCUUUCGAGAUCAUGACGGACGCGAGUGACUUUGCAGUGGGAGCAGUGCUUGGACAGCGGAAGGAUAAGAAGCUCCAUGUGAUCUACUACGCGAGCAAGACACUGGAUGAAGCUCAAUGUAGGUAUGCCACCACAGAGAAGGAACUCCUGGCCAUCGUCUAUGCUUUUGAGAAGUUCCGAUCAUAUCUGGUUGGGUCUAAAGUGAUAGUCCACACGGAUCAUGCAGCUCUCAAGUACCUGCUCACGAAAAAAGAUGCCAAACCGCGGCUCCUGAGAUGGAUUCUCCUCCUUCAGGAAUUUGACCUGGAAAUAAGAGACAAGAAAGGGGUAGAAAAUGGAGUAGCGGACCACCUUUCCAGAAUGAAAAUAAACGAUGAUACAGUGAUUGACGAAGAACAACCAGUGGAACACGUCAGUGCGAUUGGUCUUUGCUACACGGAACAACCAAUGCGCAUAGAAACAGCUUGUUCUUCGCAACUAGAGCCGUUUGUGGCAACAAUCCAGAAGCAAUAUCCUGAUCUACCGUGGUUUGCUGAGAUUGCAAAUUUCUUAGCUGCUGAAAAGGAGCCUCAGAAGUUCACGGGGAACGAGAAGAGGAAAUUCUUAAGAGAGGCAAGGCACUACUUCUGGGAUGAGCCUUAUCUAUACCGACAAUGCAAGGAUGGGAUCUUCAGACGAUGUGUUCCGGAGGCUGAAAUUCCAGGGAUCCUACACCACUGCCACGGAUCUUCCUACGCUGGACACUUCGCCACAUUCAAAACAGUCUCCAAAAUUCUCCAAGCGGGAUUCUGGUGGCCAACAAUGUUCAGAGAUGCUCACGCUUUCAUAUCCAGAUGCAAUGCAUGCCAGCGAAUGGGCAGUAUCAGCAAAAGGAAUGAGAUGCCC